GGCGGUGUAACCUAUCUCGCCUGGAAACUAUGAAGGGAACCAGCUUCACUCGAUCCUAGAUGGAGAAAAGUUAAAUUGGAGGAUUUAUUUUUUAUUUGGUGACGCGUUUCGUUAUUUUGACCACCUGCAUUUCGGCGUGUUUUCGGGAUAGUUGCACAAUAACUUGUGCUGUAGGCUACAACAAACGGAAUUUUCCAAGCCUGUAGUUUUAUUGCCUUGCCACAUGUCUCAGAACAUCUCGUCGGGCUCUCACUCUCUCUCCUGCUCAUGUUUUUCUCUCCUUUUGCCAAAAUAUUGGAUUACCAAUAGCCUGAUGAAGACACAUCAUAGAGAGAUGCAGCACUGUUAAAAAAAAACAACCUUUUAAACAGGUGGCAGAUCCAGCAACAGUUCAAGCUGUCCUGAUCAUCCUGUGCCACAAUAACAGGCUACCAUCUGAGAGACGCUGAGAUACAGUGCGCAGGCUCUCAGCGCUAUUCUACACCAUCAAACCCCAGAGCAACGCACAGCGGACACUCUGGCAUUACAGGUUUAUCGACGUGAAAACCUGAAGACAAUUCUGGAAAUCAAGCAGAACAUUUAGAGAGGACGGAAAAACACUUUUGGAACAUUAAUCAUUGGGGGGAAGUGAGUCUUUGUUACUCGUUCUUCCUUUGCCGAACUCUCCUCAGAAGGUCAGAGGAGCAUGUAACCGAAACAAGUGGAGCCCUCUGUGAUUUCAGCAUUCUGUCUCCCCCAUCUGUGCCUACAUUCGCCGCUACAGAUAGGGACGUUUUUGAUAAUUACAUGUAAUUAUAAUUUCUGUGGGAGACAGAUCUGCCUCUGUCUAUUAUUGCCAACACCUCCAACACAAUAACUUCACACAUUUACAUAUUUCUCAACAAAAGUGAUAUUCUUUGAAGACAAAUCAGGAAUAAUUUUACUUAGAGAGACAUGUCACAUGGAGACAAAAUGUGCCAUUCAGUUCAUAUCUAAUUAGUAAAACGGUUGAAUGACACGGGUAACUUUUUGUGCCUAAAAGCUGAAUAGGGAGCAUUUAAAAUCUGUGACGUUUGCCUCACUUUGCAAUGUUUUUCACAGGCUGGGAGUCAUUUUCUUGUUUUAUGCUUACUCCUAAAUUUUAGCUGAAACCGUCUUCUAGCACCUAAACUGAGCCUUCCUCAUUAAUCAUCGGCCAAAUCACAGUAACAGUCUGUGUGGAUGCUCAAUAAUCCAAUCAUAGAGAAGAUUGAGAUAAAGUACGCAUUGUAUCUACAGAUGUGAUGAGUGCCUAGAACAAGAGACCAUGGAGAAAGGUCUGUGUCUCAGAAGAACUAAGCAUCAUUACUGGCUGUUUUCCGUCAGUGGUGCAGUCUGUUAAUCUCAUGUGAUUGUUUACAAAAUACAUAUUAAGAAAUAUAGAUUUCAUACAUUUUUUAUGAAGGGAAUUGCUUACAGCUUAAAUAAGUGCCAAUUCUGAAUGUGCCAGACUGAAACAGUCAUCCAGGAAUAAAUAAAACAGAUACAAUUGUUUACAUUUGAUAAAACACUGGCCAUAGACCAUAGUUCAAGUGCCAUGGUCAGUAAAAAUGUAUAGGACUGCCAUAUUUUAUUGAAAAUCCUUGCUACUCCUUUUAACUGGCCUUUUUGGUUACAAAUGAAUUCCAUCCAGCAGUACGUCAGAGUCUUGUUCUUUUGUUCAGCGGGAAGUGUGGAACAAGGCAUUAAGGACUAAAAGCAUGAAGAUUGUUGUUUUCAAUCUGUCCUUUUUACAAAGCCGCAUCCAUUUUAGUCUUCUAGACUUGAAAGGACAAAAGAUGAAGUCAUUACGCAUUCAGAGUUCCUUUCUAGCAGUAAAUUAAAAUCAUUUUAAUAGCAUUAUCGACCAUUACUAAAACCUACCAACUGUUUUUAUAGUGGUAGACCUUUUCAUUUGUAUUUUUCCUGACCUUUUCUAAUAUUACUCCAUAUAAAUAAUCAGUUUCUACAUUUCAGUGUCUUUAAAUUUCAUCAUCCAACAUUACUGAAUGAAACUACUGAUACAUCAUAAAUAUUUAGUAGGUUGUACAUGCUACUUGAAUAUUUCACAUGCCAUUUUAGUGGGUUAAACGGCAAAAGCGGAUACUGCAUUGACUCAACAACAGAAAAUAGAUCUCUUAGUCAUGUAAAAAUGACGCCCACCACCAAUCUUCGAGUCCUCGCUGUCUCCCUGCUCUCCCUCCUCACCGCCCCUCUCACCACUGUUGUGGAGACCUCUCCGUCCCCCCUUCCUCAGCAAAUAGACCCCCCAGGGAGGCCUUUCACCGAGCAGCCAAAGACUAGCCGUGGCCCCCCUCUCCUGCUCCUCGCCAUGCAGGCCAUCAUCAGGCCAGCUGCUCUUCAAGGCAGGACCAAAGCACCCGAAAAACUUCCAGAAGCCUCAUUUCUCGAGGAGCUUCCGAGGCCCCUUCCCCAGGUCAUGUUCCCCAAAAAUGUGACUUCAUCAAAGGCCCUUGCACCUCCCUUAGGCGCUGCCCAGGUAGCGCCCAUACCACCCCGUUUGGUGGAGGUAUGGAUUGAUGUAUGUCGGGGUUAUUAUGACGUAAUGGGACAAAUUGACACCUCUUUCAAUUGCUCCAAGGACUCGUUCAUCUUUUGCUGUGGAACCUGCCACUACCGCUUCUGCUGCCCAGACCGAACCCGGCAACUGGAUCAGGAGAGUUGUACAAACUAUGACUCUCCAGACUGGGCCAAGCCACAGACAGACCCCAUGAUGUUGCCAGAUGAAUUAGGUCCCGACCCAGACUUUGAUCCACUGAAGCAACAGAGCCACAACACAGGCUUCGUCAUUGGAGGCGUGAUCGUGUUUAUGGUGGCUGUCGCCGUGGGAAUCAAGGUGGUCUUCAACAAGGUUCAACAGGAAGCUAACCAACGGGACCUCAACAUGCCCAGAGCCCUGGUUGACAUGCUGCGGCACCAGUCAAGCCCUGUCCAGCAAGAUGAGAGAAACAACAGCGUGGCUCUGGCUGUAGGUGACGGGACUGGGACACUGGGGAGACCUCCGAAAAAUCUCUACGCCCCAGGACUGCCGAGCAAAGAUAACAGAUUGGGAAAUAUUCAGCACAAUUUCAUCCACCCUUCAGGCACCAGCCCCAAACACACUGCGACUAUCGAACGCACCCCCCGGAUGAACAAUGCUCAGCUGGCAGCUGGAGGCACCCUGCUUUCCAGUAAACACAACAACACCAAAUCCCAGCCGGCCUUCCACCACUCCCUGCACAACCUUGCUCAGCUGCCGCCCUCCUACGAGAGUGCCACCAAGCCUGAGCUCAACCGAUACUCCUCACUCAAACGCCUCGAGAAAGGUCUUGAUGAGUACUCGUCUGGUUACUGCACCACCAAGCGCCGGCCCCACACCGCCCAGCCGGCCCUCCAGUCCUCUCAGCACCACCUCCACUGGGGUGGAGACUACACCUUGAGUGGGAGAGGAACCCUUCCCCGGCACGCAGUCCGUCCCUGGAUCCCGCCUCCGCCUUCUGGCAUGCCUGCUUCACCCACACCCAAUCCUUACCCUCUGGAUCCCCCGGAGCCCCAGUACAACCCCAACUACGAAACUCUCUCCAAGCCCAGGAAAGUUAAACCCAAUGACCAACUGCUCAACAUGGGGGACGUCCCAGGUAACACGGGGACACUGUCCAGGAUGUCCAAGAACCAGCAACACCAGUACUACAAAGCCAUGGUUGCCUCCAACAAGAACACCAACACGCAGACGCUCACCAGGCAGGGGAGAGAUGGGAGGCAGGAGAGAGAUGGGAGGCAGGAGAGAGAUGGGAGGCAGGAGAGAGAUGGGAGGCAGGAGAGAGAUGUGAGAGAUGUGAGAGAUGUGAGAGAUGUGAGAGAUGGGAGAGAUGGGAGAGAUGGGAGAGAUGGGAGAGAUGGGAGGGAUGGGAGGGAUGGGAGGCAGGAGAGAGAUGGGAGAGAUGGGAGGCAAGAGAGAGAUGGGAGGCAGGAGAGAGAUGGGAGGCAGGAGAGAGAUGGGAGGCAGGAGAGAGAUGGGAGGCAGGAGAGAGAUGGGAGGCAGGAGAGGGAUGGGAGGCAGGAAAGGGAUGGGAGGCAGGAGAGAGAGGAACGGCUACUCAUGUCCCCGGACCAUUUGGAGGAAAGGAUGGGGGUCGGUGGGAUGGGGGUCGUAGAUCCGUACGCCCACACAGGAGGGGCCGUCCCCACGCUGCCCCGCCAGCAGAAGGCCCAGUCCCAGCAGAACGUCUGCGCCACGCCCUCCCUCGACCGACACCACAUGAUCAAGAUGAACUCUCACCCCACGUCCGGACGCGAGCAGGAGAGGAACACGCCCAUGACGGGGCACAUGAGCGCAAACAUGGGCUGGCAGGGGGAGGGGCCCGGGGCGGGGGUAGUCAUGGGAACAGGAACACUAGGGGGCCACAGUGCCAGGAGGAUGGCUUUCGCAGCAAAAAGGCAAAACACCAUUGAGCAGCUACAUUUCAUACCAGGAGGGGGUGGCGGGGGAUCGUCGGGGAGUGCAGGAGGGAGUCAGGGGAUCAGGACGGGGAGCAAAAACGAGGUGACGGUGUGA